GGCGCGCGUCGACGCCCGGUCUCCGUUCCGCGCUACAAAGCGCGCGCGGAGCUGGAUUGGCUUGGCAGUAGUAGUAGGACCCAACAGCAGGACAACUCGCCAAAAAGGAACAGAGAGCUCAUCUCCCCGUGCCUUUUUGCCUCAUAGUAUCUUUGGUGAUGAAGUUCACAGGAAAUGCCUUUGCAUCGAUGGAGGGUGUACGGAAUAUGAAUCGUUUUUAGGAGAUUCAGUCGUUUUCGUUUGUUAUUUUGUUGUGAAAAGUGCCGUUUUUUGGGUUGGAGAAACCAAACGGGAUAUUAUCGUCUUUGCAACUCACGUGCGUAAUGUCUGUUCGUGCUUUGUGAAUUUACGCACCGCAGUAAAUAAGAAUUGUACCAGGUUAAUUCUGCAAAUGCGAGGACCUUGGACUGUACAUUCAUCCGGUGGAUACGGGGUCGGUGCUCCAGCCUGGUGGAGGUAGAGAGCCGGUGGUAGUGGCGAAGGAUGAUCUUGACGGUGUUUCACAAGUGGAGGAGCGCGCGUUACUUCUGGAUUAUUUCCACGGUCAUGAUUCUGUUGCCUCUGAUCUGCGUUUUGCAUUCGGCUGAAGCGGCGCCUUCCCUGGCGACGGGACAGCUGGACAUCGGGGUGGAUUGGCUGAGCAAGUUUGGAUAUCUCCCGCCCCCGGACCCUGUGACUGGCCAGCUCCAGACCCAGGAAGCCCUGACCAACGCCAUUAAAGCCAUGCAGAAGUUUGGAGGGCUGACAGAGACCGGAGUCCUAGACCAGGCCACGCUGGGCCUGAUGCAGACUCCCAGAUGUUCUCUGCCAGAUGUGUCUGAGCCAGACGGGACGACGGGCCGCAGCCGACGGAGCCUGAAACCCCAGAACAAGUGGACCAAGAGACACCUCUCCUGGAGGGUGAGGACGUUCCCCAAGGAGUCGGCGCUGCUGGGGCGGGACACGGUGCGGGCGCUCAUGCACUACGCGCUCAAGGUGUGGAGCGACAUCGCGCCGCUCAACUUCCACGAGGUGGCGGGCAGCGAAGCUGACAUCCAGAUCGACUUCACCAAGGCGGACCACGACGACGGCUACCCCUUCGACGGGCCGGGGGGCACCGUGGCCCACGCCUUCUUCCCCGGAGAGCGCUUCACGGCCGGCGACACGCACUUUGACGACGACGAGGCCUGGACCUUCAGGUCCCCAGACACCCACGGCAUGGACCUGUUUGCGGUGGCCGUCCACGAGUUUGGCCACGCCAUCGGGCUGGUCCACACCUCGGCCCUGGAGUCCAUCAUGAGGCCGUACUACCAGGGGCCCGUGGGAGACCCCCUGAAGUACGACCUGCCCUACGAAGACAAGGUCCGCGUCUGGCAGCUCUACGGGGUCCGGGACUCUGUUUCCCACACCCAGGGACCAGGAAACCCCCCCGACACGGAGGAACCCCCCGUCCUGCUGGACCUCCCUGACAACAGGUCCACUGUCCUGUAUGCACGGGACGCCCCGGACAGAUGCACCAGCCCCUUUGACGCCGUGGCCCAGAUCAGAGGAGAGGCCUUCUUCUUUAAAGGGAGGUACUUCUGGAGGCUGACCCGGGAGAAGCACCUGGUGUCUCUGCGGCCGGCCCAGAUCCAGCGCUUCUGGAGGGGUCUGCCUGCCAACCUGGAUGGCCUGGACGCCGUGUACGAGAGGCCCGGGGACCACAAGAUUGUCUUCUUCAAAGGUCUGAAGUACUGGGUCUUCAAAGACAACAAUGUGGAGGAGGGUUACCCUCGACCAAUCAGUGACUUCGGCCUGCCCGUGGAGGGCUUGGACGCCGCCUUCGUCUGGCCGCACAACGACAAGACCUACUUCUUCCAGGGCGCCCACUACUGGCGCUACGACGACCACCUGAGGCGCAUGGACCCGGGGUACCCCAAAGACGCCUCGCUCUGGAAGGGGCUGCCCCCCAACCUGGACGACGCCAUGCGGUGGUCUGACGGCUCCUCCUACUUCUUCAAAGGAAAGGAGUACUGGCGCGUGCUGGCCAGCGACAUGGAGGUGGAGGCGGGGUUCCCGCGGCUCAUCGCCAAGGACUGGCUGCACUGCACCGAGAUGCAGUCGGACUCUCCCAACGUCGAGGGCAAGUUCCCCGAGGACGGCGGCAGGCACCUCCCCGACCACGCCGAGAACGGCUACGAGGUGUGCUCCUGCACCUCCGACACUGCCUCCCCGCCGGGGGUCAGUGCCUCCCCUUCAACCCCCCUCUGGCUCCUCCCACCGCUCUGGACGUUCCUAUUGGCCCUCGGCUCCGCGCCUCUAUGAUGACAGAGCCGGAGGGCCCAGAGUCGUUGAACUCACAAACCAGGAAGUCAGAGGGCCGAGUCGGCCGAGAGCACGGUCAGGAGGAGGGCCUCAUUGGUUAGGAGCGAGGACAGGACCAGCUUCUCAUUGGUUGGGCGCGAGGGGGACAAUCUGUUUGAACCGCCAGAGAAAGUGUGUACUCCUACAUUGUAUAGUUAUGUUGCUGAUUUUCUGCUAUUUAUUUACUAUUCUGUUUGAUGGACUCAAAAAGCAUUUCAUUAUCCAAGCAUUUGUUUUUUUGUUUUUUACUAAACGGAAAGCGCUACGGCAUUCAACUGCCCCUCUGCCAUCUGUGUGCGUCUUGAAAGGAUUAGAAAUCUGUUGGACAGAAUCAAUGCCUAGAGCCGCUGGUAUGAGGAAGAUAUAGCCUGAAGUAUAUUUCCUGAUGGUAAACAUCCAGCGUUCUAGAAACCUACUGCAGCGAUGGCUCAGCCCCACUGAAAUCCAAGUUGGAAGGUGAACUACGGAGAUGAAUGGCCGAUUGGAUGUUUCAGAGCGAGUAAACUGAACUGCAUGAAACCUAAGUGGUAUUGUUGGUGGGUACACAAUCGUAAGGGCUAGUUAGUGAUGGAUAACUAAGAGUAAAUGUUAUCAUUAUAUCAGAUUAUAUUGACAUUGACCAGCAGACACCUCGGGCAUGACCUGUUGUCCAAUCACAGUUAUGAAUAAAUAAAGUGCUUUCUGUUUUUGCUUCAAUUUUGGUUUUGAUUCAAUUGUGUUUAGAUUGAGUCUAAUGGUUCUCAUGUAUGUUUGACUCUGACCAUUGCUAUAGAUCCGAACGCAUUAGAACCAUGAGACUCAAUCAAACAGAAUUUAAUCUAAACAAAGAUCGAGCAGAAAUUGCUGAUUGCAGCCUUAAACCUGCAUUAUGUUAGUCAACCCAUUGGCAAACUCUAGUUGCUUGAGUUGUCCCCAUCAUUUCAAGAUAAACUGUCGUCUGAGAUUUUUCCAUGGUGGGAUUGCGGGAGUGGGUUGGCAUUCUGGCAAGUCAGACAUUCCUUGUUGUUUUCCUCUUGCUUUACCUAUCAAAUGGUUUGACAUGGAUGGACUCGCUCAUUGCCUUUGUCUCUAGACUGCACUAUCGAAAAAGGUAAAGGAAACUCUUAAGAGUAACUUUGAACUCGUAAUUCAGGCAGCAUUAGAUAACUGUGGAUUUUGUUGUGUUAUUUUUAUAUUCACGAUUGGUGUAUGGAACCUCUGGAUGGCUGUUUAUCUCAGACACUCUCUGCCCUCCCGCCAAGAUGCUAAUGGUGGCUAACGAAUGACCAAGAGGAAGACAAGAUGGCCGCCGGGCGUCUUAUUAACCUCGACCCAUGUCAGCUGGAUGGACCUCAAGGACUUUCUUCUUACUCUGCAGAUAUAUUUACAUACGAUUCAGAGAGAUAAAGAUAACGAUAUAUUUGACAUGAAAAGUCACAUUAGAAAAUGUCAACUGAAAUAAUGUACAUUUAAAGUGUGUUUUCUAAUGUGAUACUAUUUUUGUAGAAAAAAUAAAGAUGGGACCAACUUUGAUGGCCAAAUUAUG